AUUUUGUAUGUUUGGACAUUCAAACUAAUAGGCAUCAUGUCAUUGGCGAAGUAGAAAGAUAAACAGAGAAAGAAAAUAAAUUCCUCGCUAUAUUUUUUGUUGUUCCUGAACUCCCAUCAAAAUUAUCAAAUUAUCAGACAAGUGCUUGCAUGUCUAAUCUGCUAAUUAGUUUCUUUAUCAUGCAAAGUAAUCCCCCACUUUUUGCUGUGAACAAUGAUGAACAUUAUGAGAAGGUAAAGCAUCCUGUUGUUUGGCAAAGAGGACGUUCUAAACUCACAUCUGAGAAUGUUGACCUGGAAAGGGUUGGCCCUUCGCCUUUACUGCAGAAGAGUCACAGCAUGCAGGUCAGUAGCUAGGGAGGUCAGCACAUCAAUAACACUUUAUGGUGGCCUAAAUUAAGAUUUUUUGGUUGCUUGUUAUCAUGCUAGGGUCCUAAAUUUUUGGAAAUACAUAACUCAUAUACCCUAGACACAAGAAUGUGUGCAUAUCCUUGUAUCAUUGUUUAUCUAAUGGCAGGCAACUGUUUAGUUUUCAUUCUCUUUCCAACAUCACCAACCAUUUUGCAGACAAAUUCUCUUCAGGGGGUAUUGUUUAGCCAUUUAUUUUUGGUGUUUAACACUGUAACUGAUGACUGAUGGAUUUCUCUGACAUAUUUCUGUCAACAGGAGGCAAUUCUAACUCUGAUGAAGCAAAUCUCUGUUGCUGACCAUGCAGCCAACUGCCCAAUUGAGGGAGGAAGUUCACUACCUAAUACUGUUUUUGGAGAAAAAUCUUUGGUAUUUAAGCACUCUGUGGUUGUACUUAGAUUGUUAUCUGUUUGCUAACUAAUUAUCAAGCUACUCAACAUUCAGAUUCACCAUCUAUUACAACAGCCAACAAAGUCCUAGAAAUAGUUGCCUGACUCUGCAAACCGUUUAUGAAUCUCUUCUUAUUUUCCCUAAAAGAAUUGUCUGCUGUUCUAAUAUUGUGGCAAUGUUUGUUGCCUGGUUUACACUACAAUUGCUUAUGACUUAGCCUCAAUGAGCUUAGUAAAUUGUAAGUGGUUUUUAGAAAUCAUGUUAUGAACUCUGACCCUGUGCCAAGAUACAAAGAUGACCCAACAUGUCAUAUAAAUUCCUAUUCCUCUAUCUAGAAUUUAGAUUUUUUCAAGCUGGGUUCAUGCAAUACUUUUGGCUAGAAUGUUAAUUGCUCUAGAAACCUGAUUAGUUCAACAGCUUGAAGCAGUUCAUGAUAGGGAAAUGGAGUUCAUGAAAAAACCAACUUGCAGACUUACAGUGGAGGCUUAUAUGUGCCCAAGAUGAAAUCCAAAAGCACAAAACCAAAAAAGCUGAGGUUAUUAAAGUUUCUGAAUUUAGGGAUGCUCAUUCUAGUUCUUCACUUUCAGGUCUGAUUUGACUUUCCUGUCAUUUGUUUGAUGGAUGGAUUUAGACUAAAUUUUUGGAACCAUAUGGUAGUAAUGAAAGUAACAAUUGGAU